CAACAAAGAAAAUGGGCAAAUAUAAUUGAACAAAGGCAAAGGCAAAGCCGUGCGGGAAUAAUUAUCAUGGGUCUUAGCAUAGAUAGGCACGUGUAACGGCAAACAAAAAACGUCAGGGCGAGUUCGGCGAGGCCAACUUUCAUUUUAACUACGUUGCAAAGCAAGUCAAUUGUUUGCCAGCUGCUUGGAGCGCGUUAAAUCAAUUAUCGUUAAAAAGCAUUUUUUAUGUGAUCAGCAUACACAUAUUCUAAUAUUGCCUUUUAAAGUCGAAAGAAGAGUCUAUUUCUCGCAAAUUUAAUCGUGUGUUUGGAUUUGAGAAGAAAAGAGUUUGGGAUUGUGAAAGCGCGGGCAAAUAUUGAAAGCAGGUUAAUGUAUAAUCCUUAUGUCGUAAUGAUGACAGCUUCAAGCCUUCAGACGUCGUUACUCAGAUAUGAGGUCAAGUUGAAAUGUUGAUAGGACAUCCUCGCAUCCGCCUGUGACGAUAGCUUUUAAGUCAUCACUUUCGACUAGCUAGUGAAUAUUUCGCAGUUGAUUCCUUGAAUUUCCGUCAGCAACAAUGGCCAGAACGUAUUACUGAUUGGUAAAGGUUUUAGAUUUCAUCAGAAGGGGAAAAAUUUGGGGAGCGCGUUUUUCAGCCUGAAGACGGUAAGGGUUAAAUGAUUAAUAUUCAAAUACCUUUCAUAAGUUUCAUUAUAUAGUCAUGUGCUUAUCAUGCCUUGUUUUCGCAUAUUGCAAGAUUUAUAGGAAUGAUAUAUAUUAAGAUCACAUAUUAAAUACAUCAAACAUGCAUGGGUUAUUUAAUAGCGUUGUCUGUUUAUCUAUAGUCUAUAGGAAAAAGGUUGGUAUAUAUAAGUACUUCAAAGUUUCGCGACGGCCUUUAUUCUUUUCUGUGACGGUUUCUGAAGAGUCAAAUUCAAUUUCAAACCAGAAUUUCAUUGUUCUAUUACAAACUGAUGUAUGUCUCGUCGUUGGCCUAUUUCAGCCAGUUCAGUGAUUUAGCCUGGGCCUGGGGUUUAGUGAUCAAGAUGAAUAGUAACGGCAAAGCUUCACGCACUCUGUACGGUAUGGAUAAAAUAAUUGUCAAUUUUAUUCCAACAAUAAUAAUAUGCUAAUAUCCUGCAUAUGAAACUUGCUUGUCGUGAGGAAAAACAGGUCAAUGCCAUUGUCGACAAUGCGUAUAUACGCGCUUAGCGUUUUUUCUACCGCAUGGUUUUCUAACCAUAAUUAGCUCUCUGUGAUCCGGGAAAUAUAGCCCUUGGGUAUAUGUAUUGAAAGAAAAGGCAAAUCAAUGGGAAAUAAUUUAAUUUUUAUAGUUGAGUCCAAAUUUCCCGGUCUUAAUUAUAUCCUGCAUUUGUCAUAUCAUAUAUUGCUAAUAUAAUACAGUUAUUUUAUGUUGCUCGCGCGCAUCGUUUAAUUUCAAGGUUUUAAAUAUAAUUUACUGAAUUAAACACCGGCAUAUAUACCUGUCCUUUUACAGUGUUUUUACGUUCAUAGGAAAAAUGAAUGUAAUUUGUACUUCAUGCAUUAAAGAUUACAGUAAAACAAGGUUUUCUGGUUUAUUGAAAAGUUCUAGAUAGAGUUUUGAGAGGUCUUGAUGAAGAUUCAAGUUUCCUGUUUAUUUAUACCAUUGCAUGCGCCGUCUUUGUGCCGAGACACUCGUAUAGUGUUUCGUUUCCUGCAGAGUAGAGACUGAAGUCUUUUAAUUCACAUUGUUUUUGAAUUACGUACUGUAAAUAGCAGCCGAUGUGUCAUCCAAGAGGAGCCACAUGAUGAUUCCUCUUGACUUGGAUGAAAUAGUAGGCUGUUGCAUGUGGCAACCUUUUGAGGUAAAACAACUAAUCUGCUCUAUCUAUAUUUAUAUGAUAAGUGAUAUCGAGCACUCUUUAGCAUUUCGUGAACCAAACCACAUUCGUAGGCCUAUAUGAUUUAAUUCGCAUUUUAUGAUUUUAUUUCAAAAUCAUUGUCAAACUUAGCUAUAUAGGCUACUCCUGUAAUAGUGCAUUUACCCCAUUUAGCUACAAAGUGAGGUGGUAUAUUUAUAUGUGAUCCAGCAUAUAGUAUAUAUCGUGUCUUCUUCCUUCUUGGCACUUUCCCGAUAUAUGAGAAACUGAAAUCUAAUAUACUAUAAAUGGAUUUGGGGUUAGGGUUAGGUUCAGCAUAGGGUUGUACAGUACCUAUAUAUGGAUCGAGAAAGCGCCGUCUUCUUGUGCAGUUCAAUAUAGUAACUCAAAUUUUGAACCCACUGACAAGAUGCCAUUAUCAGUCGACAGUCGGAAAGCAAAAUACUUGAAACAAAAAAAACGCUAUAGCUAUAGCUUCUAGAGUAGACGAUCAAGGGCCUUCGAUCUCUCGAGACUUCAGUUUUCGAUCUCUCGAGACUUCAUCGAAUGUCUUCAGUUUUUUCCUAUAUAGGUUUAUUGUUUACGAAUAGGUAUAGCUAUAGUUUUUAAACUUAUAUUUUAAACAAGAGGAAAAUUUGGCCAGGUUUUGCUGUUUUGUCUGUAUUUCUACGGUAACUAACCCAUUGAAAUGUUUUAUUUAGACACUAGAAUCUGUCCUGAAAGAAACCAGACUAACCAAACACAAUUAUGAGUAGAACAUUCCUGCCCGUACUGUGUUAUAUCCUAUUCGUCAGCAUCGUUAUCCCUGGAAUUUCUCAUGCUUUGAAUGGUAAUGUUACACUUAUUUUGUUACCUAAAACUAUACAGAUCAAGCUGUGAUGAAAAACGAAAAUAACCUGAUAUUUUUUAUAUAUUGAUAAUUUUCUAGAAACAAUUGAAUCCGGAAAUAUGAAAGACAUGUUUCGUGCACCGUUUAGACUAGCAGGAAAUGGAAACACGGUAAACUAUAAAAUUCCUAUUGAUAUAUAUUUGGGAAUAAGUUUGUGCGUUUUGAUUGUAUUGCAAUAGAUGAUUGAUUAUACUGAUGACUUGUACAAUAAUAUUGAAAAGUCACAAGCUUAUCAGUUCUCGCCUUGUUUUAAUUCAUAUUUUGCAUCUCAAGAUGCUAAUCUUCGUAUUGUGCUGAGGGGAAAUCAUUCCAAAUCCAAAGUCAGUGAAAAUGCCAAAAAGGGAUACAAAUUAUUGAAAUUCUUAAAUUGGCACGUAGUCCAUUGAUUAAACUCACUAAAGAUGGUCCAAAACACAAUCACACUGAGCUAGAAGCUUGUAAUGUAAUUAACCGGCCAUGUGUGUACAUGCGGUGUGUAUGUAAAACUGAGGGUAAUCCAACUUUGGCGUUUUAAGAUUGACGUUUACGGCACUAACCGCAAAUGGCAAACUUCAAAUCGUAAUUUGAAGUCAACUGUUAACUGUUCAAAAUUAGGGCAACUUGUGCACUAAAAUUGACUGAGCAUGAAUUAGCUACUUUUAGCUGUCGAUACUGUAGGCCUUACUUUCAAAUGCGAUUUGAAGUUUGCCGUUUGCCCUAUGGAACAGAUUAUUUCACUGGCCUCAGAGUGACAAAACGUAAAGCCUGGUUCACAUUCAUCGUAAACAUCGGCGAUGCCCAUUGUCGGUAGUUAUUGAUGCAGAAAAUGUUUUUCUUCUUCGUUGCUCACAGACAAUGGAUCGCAGAACAUCGCCGAUCAAUGUGAACCAGCCUUAAAGCCUAGUUCUCAUUCAUCGCAAUCUGUCACCGACGAUCGGCGACGCUUAUCGCCGAUACUCGCCGAGCGCGAAUGCACGAAGUUCUCAUACAUCGGUGAUCGUCGCAGAUGACAGCCGAUGUGUUUCGAAAUUUCCCAAAUUUCCCACAAAAUGGGCCCAUUCAACGUAAAGUUCAUGAUUUCUGUCAAACUUCAGUUGAUUAUUUCCUUGCUUGUUGAGGAAAAAUCAACUUUUACUCAUUUCUCAUAGAUUUUUUAAGCAGGUGGCAGUCGGCGAUGGUCGCAAGAAACAAACUUUUUUGUUUCCUGCGAUGUCAUCGCCGAUGGUCGGCGACGAUUACGGACAGUCGGCGAUAUAAUUUUUUAUGUGUUCUCAUAAAUCGCAAGCCGUCGCCGACGUCGCAAAGCUCCCGUCGCCGACGGUUUACGAUGAAUGAGAACUAGGCUUAACAAAGCAACGGUUUUACUAACACUAACCCUACUCCAAACACCAACUCUAACCCUAACCCUGAUCCUUACCCUAUAACUUAACCCUACUCCAAAUUCGUUUCUAAACCAAUUUUGAAGAAAAAGGUUUUGAUGAAAUGUCAGUCUGGGGUCAGCGAAAUAGUUGAUGCCUUGCCCUAUUUCAUGUCAGUUGCCAAUAACGAUUAUGGAGGGGUGGAAGCGCAACAGUUUUACUUCAAUAUUCCUACCUUUUGUGCAUAACUUAAUACUAUUUCUUGUCAAACAAUACUGAAUAAGCUUGAAACAGAAGUGUUCACAUUUAUCAACAAUUUAACAGAAAAUUUUAAACCGACUGACUUCCAAUAUUACGUUGAAAAACUGCUAUUGGAAAUGGAAAAAUUUCCUUUUUAAUGAUACAAAAUAUAUCUUUGGACAGCUAAGACUGAAUUUGCUUCUGCAGUUUGAAAUUUUGUAUCGAUAAACACAAUAUCUCUAACGCUUGCGGAGAUGCUAAAAUUGAACUAUCUUUUUUCGAUAACACUUUGUUAUGCGAAAUAAAAUGCUUAAUAUAGCUAGCUUGUGAUUCUGCUCAUCAAUGGAACCGUUAUAGUCAAUUGUCAUUUGUCCAUAAUCUUUAAACGAAUAAAAUAGUUAAAAUAAUUUAGUUUUGUGUAUGAUUUCAAGUGUAUUUGUUCGGGUAAUUAAUUAGAAAGAUUUAUUAAACUUUUCCGUGCGUAUAUAUAUAUAUAUAUAUAUAUAUAUAUAUAUAUAUAUAUAUAUAUAUAUAUAUAUAUAUAUAUAUAUAUAUAUAUAUAUAUAUAUAUAUAUAUAUAUAUGUACGUGUAAAAAACACGUAACGUUAAAGCAGCUUUUAGAGAAUUAUAUUUAUACUAUAGUGAAAGAAUGAACAUGUAAAUUUUAUGUAAAUCAGCAGGUUUGUAUCAGUUUGUAUCAGAUAUUCAUAUACUAUAUAUGGCGCGCGCGUUUCAUUUAAUGGCCAGACCAGUUAGACCAGAAUUUGUUUUUGUAUUAUCUGUCCCAGGCUUCUCGAACAUCUAGCGAAAAUGGACCUCCUUCUAUAAAUUUGAUCCAAAUUUUCUGUCACAUCGUUUCGAAGCACAUACAGUUUGUCAAGCUUCUUGAUAAUUUCCUUUACGUAAUCAUAUCCUCUGUAUAUGGUCAAAAGGAAUGUUCCUAUAUUCAGACGGAUUCAUACUUUUUCGUUAUAGUGGAGAAAAGUCGAAAAAGACGGUUACGUGGAAUCUUGUAGUGAAGGAGGGAAUUUCGGCUUUAUCACAAAGCAGAUCAACAUCAAAGAUGCAUUUGCCGACGUCAUUUAUGUUGCCAUAGAAACAAGUUUUUCGACGGAAAAUAUAUACAACAAUUCCCUGGGAAUUUAUCUCUAUAAUGGGAUGGCCCAACCACCUGCUACUAACCAGAAGCCCGCUAUUGGGCAUUUUUUCCUUCAAAAUUUUUCUCUUAUAUACAUUUUGAAAAACAGCACAGCAUCAGCAAGGAAUGGCGUAAAGUGGACUCAUAUUUUUAAAUUUCAUAAAAACUACUCGAGCAAAAUAAUCCUAGCAGUGAAAGGAGUCGGUGUAUGUGCACGAGUUUAUAGUAUGAAGGUUUACUACUAUUAUUGCGGAGAAAAAUACUCUAAAGGCGUAAGGUUUCCAAAGACUGUGUCCCCUUUUGAGGGAUGGAAAAAAGUAGAGGCAAAUUGUUCGUUGAAUUCUUCGCCGUCAGAUCAAAGGAAGACAACGAGCGGAUUUUGUGGACAUCAUGGAACAUGGAAUAUAAGCAUGGGUAUGGGAUGCUUUUGUAAGAAAGGAUUUGAACAGAAUUCUUUGAAGAACUGUACACGUAAGUUGGCUUAUAUAUAGCGAAUCUUAAACAGAUAGCGAAACAUUGUUGCAAAGAUAUGCUUCUACCUAUGCUUCCCAAACGUGCAAGCAAGCCAACCUUUCUGUUUCUGAGCAUGCUUUCUGAAUGUCGGAAAACAGAAAACAUUGUCUCGCUAUAUUGAAAAUCACGCGUGGAAAACAUUUUUUUCUGAUCUUUACCUAAGCCGUUCAGAUGUGCAGGGCAGACCUGGAAACAAUUUUUUGGUUGUCUUCGCCUAUAUGUUUCGCAAACGUGCAGGGCAAGUGAGGAAACUUUGUUUUCUAGCGGUUAGGGUAAUUGUUUUCUAGACAUGCAUGUUUCCUGAAUGACGGAAAACAUGUAUAGUUCUCAUGUGUUUCCUAGAAAGCCAGGAAACAUUGCCUCGUUAAAAAAUCACACGUGCGAAACAACUUUUUGGGAAUAUCAUAUAUGAUUGGUUCAUCUAUACAAUGUUUUCGAGUGUGGGCACAAAUGACCAUCCGACCCUUGGUUUUUGAUUACUAAACAAUAGUUUAUAAGCAGACUUCAGAGAAAUAUAACAUUGCUAUUUAUUCCUACAAUCUAGCUUGUCCAUCCGGUCAAUUUAAACCAAAGUCUUCCAACGAGUCAUGCCAAACCUGCCCAAACAAAAGCAACAACACCGUGGACAGAACAAGCUGUAAAUGCAUGGAAGGUUAUUUCCAUUCCACACCCAAAGCAGUUCCAACCACUGCCCCAUGUUUUGGUAAGUUUGCAUGAAAAAACACUACUUGUUACUCAGUGACUACUUAUUUAGGAACUUAAAUUUUAUUAAUUUCAACGUGGCAAAACAAUUUUGAAAUAAAAAAAAAUAAUAAUCUGGGUGGACUUUUUUUCUGGGCGGGAGGGGACGAUCAUAUGGAAACAGCCUUUCCUUUAGCGAGUUGUAGCUAUGAAUUAUUUAUUGCCUGACCCAAAAAUUGAUGGAAUGUACAUUUCUGAGAAUUUUCCUUCUAAAUUAUAAACGUCUUUAAUUUCACAGGUCCAAUUACAGAAAAAUUAAAAAUGAGAAUAAAUAAAUUUCCCAAUAAAACAGUCAAAUUAACUUGGAAUGCUGUGAAGGUGGAUGAAGAAAUAAGAUACUCCCUUCAUUAUGAUGUUCAAUGCUUCAUGUGUGAUCGGGAAGGGAGAAAGUGCCACAUGGCAUGCGAAAAUGCACGUUACCAACCAAGACAAAAUAACGUGACCGAAACCUUUGUGGACGUUUCAAACCUCCAUCCAGACCAUCGAUAUAAAUUUAGGGUAUAUCCAAAGACUGUGAUAAAUAGAUUUAUUGGGAGAGUUAACUGGAGUUAUAGUGAGACUGAGCUGUUUCAGGUGCAAGUUGAAGGUACGUAGACAGAGCAUCUGCAGUUAUACUGUAUACGAAUAGCCCAUAAAAUUAAGAUAAAAACUUUAAGAUUGCAUUAUUAAGAUCACUUUGUAAUCAACCUGUCUUGUCCAACUAAAAUUAUCGUAACAUUCUGAAACGAAUGCAACAUCAGUUGAGAUGUUUUUCUUUCCCAAAAUGCAUGCUUGCAUGUUUGUUUUUUUCAAAUUCCA